CUUACCGUAAGAGGGAGUUGGGACCCAGAUCUUUCCAGUUAAUCACACAACAAACUUAGAUCAUCGCAAUAAAAAGCUCGGCUCACUGCCUCCUGGAGUGACCGGCGGUGCACGGGGUCCCUCCGAGGAGCCAUCUCCCCUUCUCCUCCCCGCCAGCCGCCGGGGGGGCCGCCAGCACCAUGCGGGCCACCCACCUCCUGCCAGCCUUGCUGCUCCACCAGCUGCUGCUGCUGCCCACCGCCAUCCCCGCGGCAGAGGGCAAAGGCAAAAAGAGAAAUCCUCUUCAUGACUUCAAAAAAACAGGAGAGUUGAUGCUCAUUAAAGUAAACAAAACACUGGAAAUAAAAACGAAGUUGUUAAAUACUACAGAGCAAUGUGCAAAGAGAUGCAGCAGGAACAAGGGCCUUUCCUUCACUUGCAAGGCCUUUGCUUAUGACAGAGUUACAAAACGGUGCCAUUGGUUAUCCUUCAACAGCUUGACAAAUGGUGUGAGAAAGAAGCAAGACCAUGCGUUUGAUCUGUAUGAAAAGAAGGAUUAUGUCAGAAAUUGUAUCAUUGGAAAAGGAGCAGACUAUAAAGGAACAAUAUCUGUUACCAAAAGUGGUAUCCAGUGUCAGGCCUGGAAUUCAAUGAUCCCCCAUGAGCACAGCUUUUUGCCUUCGAGCUAUCGGGGAAAAGACCUGAGGGAAAACUACUGCCGGAACCCGCGGGGGGAAGAGGGAGGCCCGUGGUGCUUCACCACCAGCCCAGAGACGCGCCACGAAGUCUGUGACAUCCCCCUCUGCUCAGAAGUUGAAUGCAUGACCUGCAAUGGAGAGAGUUAUAGGGGGCCAAUGGAUCACACUGAGACAGGCAAGGAGUGUCAGCGCUGGGAUCUUCAGAGACCACACAAGCACAAAUUUCGUCCAGAGAGAUAUCCUGACAAGGGCUUUGAUGAUAAUUACUGCCGCAAUCCCGAUGGCAAGCUGAGACCAUGGUGCUACACUCUUGACCCUAACACCCCCUGGGAGUUCUGUGCAAUUAAAACGUGUGAGGAGAGCGUGGUGAACAGCACAGAGGCGACAGCCGAGACCACAGCGUGCGUCCGGGGACAGGGCGAGGGCUACCGUGGCACCGUCAGCACCAUAUGGAGUGGGAUCCAGUGCCAGAGGUGGGACUCCCAGUUUCCUCACCAGCACAACAUCACUCCUGAGAACUUCAAAUGCAAGGAUUUGAGGGAGAACUACUGCCGAAAUCCAGAUGGAUCUGAAUCACCCUGGUGCUUUACCACUGACCCAAACAUCCGUAUUGGUUAUUGCUCCCAGAUUCCUAAGUGUGAUGUAUCAAAUGAACAAGAUUGUUAUCGUGGCAAUGGCAAGAGUUACAUGGGGAAUCUAUCCAAGACAAGAUUUGGGCUAACUUGCUCCACAUGGGACAAAAAUAUUGAAGACUUACGUAGGCAUAUACAAAUAUUCAGAGAACCAGAUGUUAGUAAACUGAAGAAAAACUAUUGCCGCAAUCCAGAUGAUGAUUUUCACGGUCCCUGGUGUUACACAGAUGAUCCUCUUGUGCCCUGGGAUUACUGCCCUAUUUCUCGAUGUGAAGGUGAUACGACUCCUGCCACAACCAGCUUGGAUGAUACUGCCAUUCCUUGUGCCUCAACAAAACAUUUGAGAGUUGUAAAUGGAAUACCAACACAAACUAACGAAGGAUGGGUGGUUAGUUUGACGUACAGGAAUAAGCAUAUAUGUGGUGGUACUUUGAUAAAAGAAGAGUGGGUUCUUACAGCAAGGCAGUGUUUCCCCUCUCGGUACAAGGAUUUGAAAGACUACAAAGCCUGGCUUGGAGUCCAUAAUAUCAAAGGGAAGGGAGAGGAGAAGCGCAAACAAGUCCGGAACAUCUCCCAGUUGGUGUAUGGCCCUGCAGGGUCAGAUUUGGUCUUACUGAAACUCAGCAGACCUGCUAUAUUGACAAAUUUUGUAGAAAUAAUCCGCUUGCCCAUUUCUGGAUGUACCAUUCCAGAGAAGACCAGCUGCAGUGUUUAUGGAUGGGGAUACACUGGAUUAGUUAACUAUGAUGGCCUUCUCCAAGUAGCAAACCUGUUUAUUUUGGGAAAUGAGAAAUGCAGCCAAUAUCUCAAAGGAAAGAUUACUGUGAAUGAGUCUGAAAUCUGUGCUGUGGCUGAAACCGUAGGUGCUGGGCCUUGUGAGCGAGAUUAUGGUGGUCCUUUGGUUUGUGAACAAAACAGGCUGAAGAUAGUAAUUGGUGUCAUUGUUCCUGGCCGUGGAUGUGCCAUUCGAAAUCGUCCUGGGAUUUUUGUUCGGGUCUCAUAUUAUUCCAGGUGGAUUCACAAGAUUAUGAUGACCUACAGAAAACCCUGAAAAAGUCAACGACUCCCAUUGAAAGAUUCUGGACAGCCUGUAAUUAAUGUGUAAUGUAAAGAAUGACAAUUUUUUAAGUACUUGAUAGUCAAGUUUGUUGAGCUUCUUUUAAUAUUUAUGGGUGUUUUUGGUGUUUUUGUCUAUCAGUGUUGUUUUAUAAAUGUUGGAGUGACUUACAGUAUAUGCAAGUAUGGUGACAUAUCUCCUGAAGAUACUUGAAUGGAUAAACAAUUUUGCAAAGACAUUACUGGAUGAUAAAUGGUUUUGUAGAAAUAGAUCAUAUGACCUCCUUGAUGCUGCUCUUCAGAUUAUCUUAGGAGAAACAAGUUAUAGUUCUACUUAACACAUCUUAUUCUUUCUAUGAGCCAUAUAUUUCUCUUCGUAUAUAACAAAAGCCCUACUGAGAAAUAUAUGCAUCUGUCCAGGACAGCAUUUAUGAUCAUAUUUCUCUUUCCCCCUUAUAAGAGGUCAAAGAUUUCAGUACUUUAUAAAAAAAUAAUAUCUGUAGUAAGCAAUCUUUUCAUUGUUGAUGGACUUUGACAAGCCUGCCAUAAGCAGAGUUCUCGUAGAAGUCACUACCACAUUCUUUUACACAAUGCUUACAGACUCUACUUCUACACUUGGUUGCUUCACUGUAUAUAUGGUCCUCUAACAGAUAUCUCAAACCCCAUUUUGGUUAGCAAACUCUUGAUCAUUCCUUUACAAUCUGACCCAGAAAUAACUGUGGAUUUGCAAUGCUAAAGACAGCAUCUCAUACAGUUUGAAAAACUAAUCCUGAGUAGCUAUUGGAAGAUUUUGGGCGUUGAAAGAAAUUUAAAUCAAAUAUGCCCAAAUCUUUCUAAACAGACAAGUGUUAAAAGUUUGGUUGGUUCUAGUUAUUUUAUGAAACUCUGCAUUUACAGCAAGAAAAAGAACAGUUGAAUCUAGCACCUGGCUGAGAGACUUAAGACUGGGAAAAGUAAGUUAUACAUUAAUAGUUUUUCAGAGACAUGAGAACUUUAAUAAAACCUUAACUAGAUUUGGAAAAAAGUCUAUCUUUUGUAUAAUUCAUUUCAAGAUAAUAAAACAAUUGCAGAGAUUGAUAUGAUCUUGUAUUUAAUAUGGACAACACCACCAAUAGUUUAGUUGCUUGUUUCCUGUCUAUAUAUGGGACAAUCAUUUUCCUUUAUGCUGAUAGGGAAAGGGAACACAAAAUCAUCAUCUAUGAAAAGUGUUUGUUCUUCUGUAGGCAUUUAGUUUUAUGUCUGGAAAUUUUGUACAAAUAUGUUGGUAUAGGUGGCACUGAUUACCCUUUAAUUUCUGGAAAAUUGAUACGACAUAUAUCCAAUGUUAGUUUUACUACUGUACAUGUAAUGGCAUAAAUAACGGCACUGUUGCUUCGCUUGUGACUGUGUAAAUUGUAAAUGUUUCCAGUAGUGUUUGGUCUGUGUAUCAUAUGUAACUGCAGAGCCACGAGUCUGACCCCGUAGUGUGGAUAUAUAAAAGGACAUUUGAUGCAGAAGAUGCAGGGUUGAAUUCUGCCCUGUCAGAAAGCAACCACUUCAGGGGAGAUGUCUUGGGAGACAUGCCUUGUCUUGGCUCACCAAAUUUUCUUCAGCAGUGCACUUUGACUUCAGUGGGACUCAGUAUGCCUACAUCUGGUGAGCUGGGAUGAGUUUCAGCCCAUGCUUAAGAAGCUUGGCUUGCUGAGAUUUGUGUCACAUAUCCAGUGGAUUCUACUGGCACAUAGGAAGUGUUUCAGCAAGCAGAGCUUCUGAAGUUCCUCCUGAUGUAAAUAAUCUCUUUGGACAAGAUGUGACUUCCCUGUACAGCAGAUUCAAGGUUGUGGAUGCUAUGCAGACAGUCUGUCUCAAUCUAUUCUGGCCACCUCUGAAGGCUUCAUGCUCCCUUUAGCCUCUCUUACUUACCAGGCCUAAGAGGGCAGGAUUUAGCCUGUUGUAUUUACACUUAAUUAUUGUCAUGUAGGUGAAGAGUGUAUUCGUACUAAGUAUAUACUGACCAUAUCUUAUUGAAAGGAUUACAUUUUUCAGAAAGACUUUUAAAAAACUCCAAGCGAGUUUUGUUCUCAGCCACGAGUAGAAUGUGGAUAAAACAUACAAUUCCAUGUUCACUCUUUGUAUUCGAAGAACUGUCAUGUGCUCACUGUAUUAUAUUUGCAGGCAUUUUGUUAUGUCUAUCUAAAAAAUUU